AUGGCUGAAGAAGAAAAGAGGGUAUUCCCCGACUCUAGAUUCAAGCUUCCCUCGGGUCUUGUUAACUUCAGCAACGCUUCAGCAUAUCCUAAGUGGGAGCCCGUGGACACAAGAAAAGAGACCCUUCAGGUGUUUAGAUUGUCCUUCUACACUACAGUUGGUGCUUAUGCCUGGUUAUAUUUGUGGAAAAGAACCACCUUCAAGAUUGGCUUGCCCUUGGCGGUCUGCGGUUUCGCCACUGUGGCUACUGCUACCAAGGGUGUGGUCACCAACUUGAGACAGAAAAACGACGGCUGGAACACCUUCUGGGCUGUUGGUGCAGGUAACUUGGCUUGCUUGACCGUUGGUUUCAAGAACAUGCCAGUUAAGCACAAGGUAAUGGCUGGAGUUGCUGGUGCUGCAAUCACUGCUGCUGUGGAUCACCUCUCAUGGUCUCAAUCGCCAACUUUUGCCGGCAGAGACAUUAAAUACGCCGAGGCAAACACCGGCGAUGAGCUUCCAAAACAGCAAUUCUGGGAUGUGUGGAAGAGAAGACCAUUGUCGCAAACCGUGGAAGCUUUGGGAGAAGGAAGAGGUAUUUUCAAACAGUAG